AUGGAGAUUGCGUCACUGAAUGAAACUGCUGUGAACAGCACCAUGGACAGUGCCACUAUGGACAGAGCCAACCGCACCUACAUGCCUUACUACCUGCACUCCACCGCCAUGUCUGUCAUCUAUAUCCUGUGCUAUAUGGUGGUUCUCAUGCUCUGCGUCGGGGGGAACAUGCUGGUCUCCCUGGUGGUCCUCCGGAACCGCAACAUGCGCUCCGUCACCAACCUCUUCAUCCUCAACUUGGCCAUCAGUGACCUGCUCAUUGGAGUGUUCUGCGUUCCAACGACUUUGAUUGACAGCCUAAUAUCAGGAUGGCCGUUUGGCCAGAUUACAUGCACCAUGAGCAACCUGGUCCAGGGGAUGUCAGUGUCAGCAUCAGUCUUCACACUGGUGGCCAUAGCUGUUGACAGGUUCACAGGUAUUGUGUACCCCUUUAGACACCGAAUGAGGCCUGUGACUGCUCUCGUCACCAUCCUCUUCAUCUGGGUGCUGGCGUUUGCUAUUAUCUGCCCCUCGGCUGCUACCCUGACCAUCAUUCACCUGGAAGACACCUACCUGGUCCUGGACAACCAGACAUACCCUGUCUUCGUCUGCUUUGAGAAAUGGCCCCAGCCUGAGAUGCGUCGUGUCUACACCAUGGUCAUCUUCGUGCACGUGUACCUGGCCCCCCUGGGUGUUAUCAGCAUCAUGUAUGGCUGCAUCGUUGCCAAGCUCUCUGUCAACCUGAGGCAGGUGAGGCUGGCAGAGGUUCGGAGGGCCCAUUCCCAACGCAGGGUUAAAGUGAUCAACAUGCUGAUCAUGGUGGCAGUGCUCUUCAUGGUGUCAUGGCUGCCUCUGUGGACGCUGAUGCUGCUAACUGACUACAGGGAUCUGGACACGCAGCAGAUUGACUUCCUCAGCAGCUACCUGUUCCCUGUGGCACACUGGCUGGCCUUCUUUAACAGUGGGAUUAACCCCAUCAUCUAUGGCUUCUUCAAUGAAAACUUCCGCAGGGGGUUCCAGGCUGCAGUGGUCUGCAGGGCCUGUUCACAAAAAACAACAACAGGGGUGGUUAAUACACGCUUCAACUUCCCGCCCCCUAACAGAGUAUUUAACGAGAACCCUGAGUCCUCUGGUGGGAGGAAAGGCCACUGCUCUAAGGGCACUCCUAAGAUUAUCCCACAUGGAACCAAUGGAAUCCUCCUGGAUGAUAUUAACAGGAAUGUUGGACUCAACAGGGUGAUUGGAGCCUGGGUGGAGUGA